GCAGAUGCAGCACCGAUAUCCAACCAACAACCAACUCCCGAGAGAAGGAUUUAGCCGCUUGCUGCGCCACCGAAUAUACGUGGGUAGUCGGCCAAAAAUUGCACAUCAUCAAGCGCUAGGUUUCAUCUCUCGCCCGACAGCGUAUCUGGGAUUAGAAUGCUGAGAGGAUGGGAUCGUCUUGGUCAAAGAACGAGUUCCCCGUCGACGGCCGUACGGUUCUCAUCACCGGCGGCUCGCGAGGUCUUGGCCUCAGCGCCGCGUGCCAGCUCGCCAAGAAAGGCGCAGAUAUCAUCAUUGUCGCCCGCAAUGCCAACAAGCUGGAGGAGGCCAUGACGCAGAUCUCGCAAAGUGCCCGCGCGCCCGACACUCAGCGCUUCCAUCAGAUCCGCGCCGAUGUGACCACAGCCACUGAGUGCGCGCGUGUUGUCGUGGACGCGACAGCAUGGAAUGGUGGGGCGCCACCAGACAUUGUCUGGUGCUGCAGCGGCAGUGCGCACCCGACCCUGUUCAUUGACACGCCGGUCGAGCAGUUCCAGACCAUGAUGGACAGCAAUUAUUUCUCGUGCGCCUACAUGGCCCACGCCGUGCUCAACGCCUGGCUACGGGAACCCGAAAAGCAGAAUCGGAAGGCUGCCGACAAUGAGCAGUCGACCAGUGCCGGCAAGGCCUCCUCCACCACCACCACCACCACCACCAAAUCCGCUCCGCCAGCACGCCACCUCGUCUUCACGGGCUCCUUCGUCUCUUUCUACAGCUUCGCCGGUUUCACGCCCUACUCGCCUUCCAAGGCCGCCAUCCGAUCCCUCUCGGACUCACUGUCGCAGGAGAUGAACCUCUACGCGGCCGCGCACCCAUCCGUGGCCCGCGUCCGCGUCCACACCGUGUUCCCGGCCACGAUGCCGACGCAGUCGCUCGAGGACGAGAACCGCGUCAAGACGGACCUGACCAAGUCCCUCGAGGAGGGCGACCAGGUCCUGCAGCCGGACGAGUGCGCCCGACGCAGCAUUGCGGGCCUCGAGCGCGGCGAGGAGCUGGUUGCUACGUCGACCAUCAUUCGCCUGGUCAUGACGUCAGUGCUGGGCGGGAGCAUCCGGGGUGGCCUCGUUAAGGGGGUCGUGGACACGCUGCUGGGAUGGGUCGUCCUAGUUGUGAUGGUGUUUAUCCGCUGGGACAUGGACGUCAAGGUGGCCAGGUGGGGGCGUGACCAUGGCGCAAGCGGCAUGGUAUCGAACAAGAAGGGGUAACUGUUUGUACUAUGUCUCGGAAUUGAUUGGCUUCUAGCGUUAUGGAAUAAUACAACAGCGGUUUCCUUGCCAUCUGACUGCCCCAUAUUAUGGAGUGGUCGACCCAUGUCAGCAAUCCGUCUUCGGAUCUUCGGAGGUACAGGGUGUUGUUGCUCAAACUGCAGGGGGAACUCAAAAUCGGCUCCGAGCAUUGUCGGCCAAUUCACCGUCUUUAUCCCCAUUCACGUCGCACGCGUAUGCGUCAACGCGGCCAUUUGUAUGACUUCGGCCAAAUCCUAAAAUCCGCGACCUAAUCUCCGGGUUGUGCCGUUGCCGCACAACGCACAGACAACGCACAGACCACAUCACCAGAUAGAUAG